AUCAGUGCAGUAUAUCAUAUGCGUUGUUACACUUAUUCUAUAUUCGUAUCACAGAGGAGGGUGGAAUAUGAAAUGUAAAGUAUCGCGACGAUGAGCUCCUUCGGCACAUGCAAGCUGUGCGGCGAGAAGAUCUCUUAUAGUCCAGAUCACAUCCAUAACUAUGGCAUGCACCUCAUCGAGAAGCAUCCGGAGCUGGACUUUGCGCACUUUGCGUUAAUGUAUGAGCCCACAUCGAAGAAGAAUGGAAAUUGUUCUUGUGGUUGUGGAUGUGAUGCUGAUGAUUGUAUUCGUCGAGGUAAAGGUGGAAAGCACCGAGCGCGACAUUACCGAACUACCAUUCAAAGUUGGAAAUGCUCCCAAAAUCCUUUACUCUGCCCUCGAUGCGGUAAAAAGAAUGCACCGUUGAUCAAACGCCAGCGUCAUAAAUUGACCGGGUCAACAGGACUCGCGUGCAUGUUGCUGGGAUGCUGGCCGUUCUGUUUUCUACCGUUCAUCAUCAGCGGCAGCGAUUUGUUCUACUUGUACUGCAAGGAAUGCGGCUUCUACAUCGGCAUGUACGACCGACGCGUGAGCGCCAUUGACAAAGGACCCCCGUGCCGCAUGCCUGCCGCCGAUGGCGAUCCACAGAUUUGCGGCUGUCACUGACGCCCAGCUACUUUCAAGCAAUCCGAGAUUCCUAGAUUUCCAGCUGCUUCCUAAUCUUUGUGCCGCAAUAACUCCAGCGAGUCCACUGUGUGUCUGCUCUACACUGCCGGCGUUUAUAUAUAAUUUGUCAUUUCAUCCAGUAUCGCCAUGUAGCAGCGUUGCUUUUUUCCAAAUCCAGGUCAACACGAAAUAUAUUGCACUCUUAAAUCUUC